AUGGGGUACAACCUGGUGCCGGGGACGAGAAUUUACGUGAAGAUGACCGUGCAGAGCAUCCUUAGAUCUAACACCGCGACAGCGUGCAAGAAUGAAGGCAGUCUCCUGGUCUCCUCCACUGACGAAGCGGUGCACAACUAUACGAAGCAGCUGUGGGCCAAUCGACCGUCUGGGAGCAAUUUCGUGGUCGGUGGGGUGAGCGUCGGGAACAGGGAGACUUGGAUAUUUCCCGAUGGUGAGUCUUCUUUAGUAAUCUUCUCAUGGGGAGCCCGGAUCCCAAGCACUCAUGCAUUUGAGCGAUAA